GGAGGACAACUCGCUGUGAGCGGCUUGUGAUUUGGCGUCACUUGUGUGUCGAUCAGUGGGGAUCACACGCGAUUGGACGAUCUGGAAAAUUGAGCGAAACUUCAAAACAAUCUGUCCCAGCCUCCCGCCAGCGGCAUGAACACCAAUCCCGGAGGUCCGGGAUCCGUCGGGGACGAUGGACUCAGUUUUAGUAGUCUCGCCCAUAACCAGAGCGACGGCUCGGGCACAGGUCCGGGUUCGUAUCUGGUGCAGGAUGGAUCGGGUGGAGCCAUUCAUCACCGGAGCGAGUCUCAUGAUGGUGAGGAGGAUGGGGGCGGUGGUGAGACCGAGGUGGAACUCCGAGAACAGGAUCGCUUUUUGCCCAUUGCCAAUGUGGCUCGUAUCAUGAAGAAAUCCAUUCCCACGGCUCAGGGCAAGAUCGCCAAAGAUGCGCGAGAAUGCGUCCAGGAAUGCGUAUCGGAGUUUAUCUCGUUUAUCACCAGUGAAGCCUCGGAUCGAUGUCAAGCCGAGAAAAGGAAAACCAUCAAUGGAGAGGACAUCUUGUUCGCCAUGUCCACGUUGGGCUUCGACAACUACGUGGAGCCUCUUAAACUGUAUCUGCAGAAAUAUCGCGAAGGUAUGAAAGGCGAUAAGCAGGGGAACGAAGAGUUUGAAGGCUUGGGCGAAGACGUCUUAGGGGCUUCCAACAUCCAGACACUCGCUGCUACGAAUGCCAGUGGGAAUCAAGUGCUGCUCACGUAUAACAAUGCCAACCAAGAAUUCACCCUGCCGUAAAAUGAUUGCCGAUACGAUUUUUCUUGGCACAAAUUGUUCCAUGUAUUUAAUCCCACGCCAUUCUCGGCGUGUUCAUGAUGUGAAACCGACUCGAAAUUUCAAAAUAGAAUAGUUCGUCCGUAA